AUGUACACGGUUGCAGAAACCAUGCCCGAAAGCGACCGUUGGGAUGCAUGCUUGGCAAGACCUAUAAGCAGCUUUCACGACCACUGCAACCAACUGGGGCCUUCUAGCAGAGGACUGAAGUUUAGUUACAACAAGCCAUCCGGAUCCACGUCAGCGUGA